GAUGGUUGACAUGAUUUCACACCUUUUCUUUGGAAUGUCUGGAAAGUUCUUUCGCCAAGUCGUCAGAAGACAGCAUUCACAGCAAAUACAUGCAAUGUAACAUAUUACUACCAACUAGAUCUGCAAUUAGUUUACUACAAAUAUUUUACGAUGCACCUCCAGCUACAACACGGAAUUUCUUGAUUUAGUAUCAGAUAACGUUUAAUCUAUAUAUGUGUUGCAAAGACCAAUAUGGCAACACCACCAGAUAUAGAGACAGCGACUAAGGAAAAUAUUGACGAAUGUAGUAUUUGUAUUGAACAGUUUAAGGACCCACGGCGUUUGACAUGCUUUCACACUUUUUGUUUUGGAUGUUUGAAGACAUUUGUCUCCAGGUCCUUAAAAGCCGGCAAGUUCUCGUGUCCUCUUUGUCGUUACGACGUUACCAUACCGGAGGAAGGAGUGUCGGGAUUUCCCGAAAAUAUAUACGCUGAUGCCCGAGCCAAAAGGCAAGCGCACAGGGAAGAAGAAAGUUGUGAGGCAUGCGAACAGAGAGCAGUUAAUAUGUGUCGCGAUUGUGAUAUACUUUUGUGUGAAUUGUGUACCAAGCCACACAGAGCGCUGCCCAUGUCGAGGUCACAUUUGUUAAUAAAUCUAGACGACUCUGUUGAAGGAAAACGUUUGCUUUUUAGAGAAAGAUUUUGUGAAAAGCACAAAGAUGAACAACUGAUAUUCUUCUGUAAGCACUGCAGCAGGGUGAUCUGUCGAAACUGUAAGCUCACCAGACACGACGGUCACAAGACAGUGGAUGUUUCUGACGUCGUUGAAGAUGCUCGUAUUAGCUUAGCAGAAAGGAAGGGUGAACUGGAGAAAUACGUGAAACAAACCAAAUCAUCCUACGAUGCAAUAGAGACAAAACAUGUGGGCAUAACUGUUGUGUUGCAUAAAGCCAAAAUAGAAAUCGAUAAUUCUGCAGACAGGUUGAUUGAUAUGAUAAACGAAAUCAGAAAUAAGGCAACUGAUAAAGUAAACGUUAUCGAGAAAAACAACGAAAGUAGAUUUGAGGAUGCAAACUGUGCUUACAAACAAAAGCAAUCAUUUCUGAAAAGCCAAAUGGACCACAUUGAUGAUAUACUGAAAGACGGACUUGACUGUGACGUCAUGGCCGUGGACGGCGAAGUCUCGGAGCGGAUGAGCGGCAUUGAGAAUGAGAUCUCAGUCACUACAGAUGAUUUUAUCGAGACUAUAGGUCUUCUUUCCAUUCAUGCCCCAUCUUCAAUUCAACUACAGUAUGUCCAUUGUGUUGUCAAUGAUGUCAUCGGACAUGUGCUGCAAGGUUUACCAAAACAACCUGUAGCCAUGUUGAUAAACAAUGUCAACUUAGGCAGAGACAAGAUAACAUCUAUUACUCUAACACAAUCAUCCAGCGCGUGGGUUGGUAAGAUCGUUAGUACAUGGUACUCGUCAAAGUUUAAAAUAUGUCUGUGUAACCUAAAAGAAACAUCAUUAAACUAUAAACUUGGUUUUGAAGUGGAUCCUGUGAAGUUAAACACAGAUGGUGUGAACCAGUUGUUACGAAUAUACAAUUCGAAGAACACAGAUACAAAAAUACCAAGUGAAGAAUGUAAAAAUCUCAAGAAAGAAUACCCACAAAAGGAUGUGAACAGCAAUGGCGACAGUUGUUGGGUUGUCGACCAAGAAGAUACUGUCAACAUCAAACUCUCGGAUGGGUUUUCUUUCAAGCUGACAUUCAAUCCGUUUACAAAAAGCGGACAACCUCUUAAGCCUUGCGACGUCUGCUGGGGAAAGAAAGAUGAGGUUUAUAUUGUGGACAGUGGAUCAAAAAGUAUUGUUGUUUACAGUCUCACAGACGGAUUUGUGAAAGCUCUUUUUAUCCCUGGAGAAAAGGAGUUUGAUCCAUCAGCUGUUGCUAUGGAUACUGAGGGUAAUCUUUGGAUUGGAGAACAUGAUGGAACGCUUAGCGUUUGCAAGGUUGAGUAACAUUCAGUAUACGUUGUAUACCGGUACAUUAAUAUAUACUUGUAUGUACAUUUACUUUGGAUCUGAACUUGAACAGACAAAGAUACACCUUGCUUCUGUAACUUUUGUAAAAGAGUUGAUAUUUAAGAAAAACAUGUAUACAAGUUCACAAAACUGUUAGCAAUUUGCUUGUGUUGAAGUGAACAUGUUCACUUAAAUUUGAAAUAGUAAUGAUAGCCAUACAACUUGAACUCUUGGCUGGUAUAUUAAACAAGUUAUAUAAAACACAUUUCUAUGCAGAGUUUCUGCCAGAAAGAAAGUUUUGGGUAUGGCACUAUGGAAGACAAAAUGAUGAAUCCAAUGGAAUAGAGUAAUAUAGUUAUAUAUAGAUAAUCUCUGUUCACUUUGCUUUGUAUAUAUUCAUUCUUGAAAGGGUCGUCCUGCUGUACAUAUGAAAGCAUAGUUUUAAAAUCAUUUAAAGCCAACAUUAAUUAUACAGUAAUGAUAAGAGUAAUUAAUUUUGUCAAAAGGUCAACUAAAAAAAGCAUUAAAUCUGCAAACAAUUAGGGUAUGGCGCCAUACCCAAAUGAUAUGUUUUGGGGGGAUGGCAUUUUAACCGUUUUACCCUCUGGCAGAAACCCUGCUAGCUAUCGCUUGAAAUGAUAUUCAUAUAUGCAUAUUAUUAUAAAACAUUCACUAAAACCUAUGGUUGAAACAGUAACAAUAUAUUGUGUGGUACAUUAUAGUACAAACCCCAUGGAUAUAAACUUAUAACUGAAAUAACACCAGUGUGUGUUACGGUGGAAAAUCAGCGGAAGCUUUUAACUGAAAUGGUGAAGCUGUUACAGUGGGACCUGAUGGACGUUAUGUCUGUGUUUAUCUCGUAUGACCUCAGUUUAGUUUAUCUCCAGGUACUCGCCUGGCCAAGGUAGUGUAUGGUCCCGUUUUACGAAGCGAUCUUUGCGCUAAGAUUACAUUAGGUCUCGUUUUACGAAGCGAUCUUAGCGCUAAGGUAACAUUAGGUCUCGUUUUACGAAGCGAUCUUAGCGCUAAGGUAACAUUAGGUCUCGUUUUACGAAGCGAUCUUAGCGCUAAGGUAACAUUAGGUCCCGUUUUACGAAGCGUUCUUAGCGCUAAGGUAACAUUAGGUCCCGUUUUACGAAACGAUCUUAACGCUAAGGUAACAUUAGGUCCCGUUUUACGAAACGAUCUUAGCGCUAAGGUAACAUUAGGUCCCGUUUUACGAAACGAUCUUAGCGCUAAGGUAACAUUAGGUCCCGUUUGAAGCGAUCGUAGCGUUAAGAUAAUAUUAGCGCAUAACUACCUUGUGUACAAAAGGUGAUUUUGGCGCUAAAACAAUCGGACUAUUUCCCGUUCCAGCCAGUGCACCAUGACUGAUAUAUCAAAGGCCGUGGUAUGUGCUAUCCUGUCUGUGGAAUGGUGCAUACAAAAGAUACCUUGCUACUAAUGAAAAAAUAUAGCGGGUUUCCU